CAGCAGAAUCUAAUUGAUAUUAUAAUGGAUGACAUGAAAGAAUGUCGUGUUGUGCUGCACAAACUCUCUGAUGAUGCAGUUGAGAGAGGCUGGUGGUCUGGGCUGAAUCUCCUGCUAAGGCCUUCUGGUGUUGGCAAAUGCAAGUCUAAUGCAACAGCGGCCAGUGGCUCAUCUCUGUGCCCUAAAGUCAUUGUAGCUAACAUCAAGCUUGAACCUCUAUAUGAGGAGGACAUAUCUGUGAAGGAUGAGCCUAUUGAUAUUGAUGGAAAUCAGGCUGGUUCAGGUGAGCCUCCCAGCCCUGGGUGUGGUGGCCAGCUAGCUCCACCUUCCUCAUCAGCGGCCAGCAGCUCAUCUCUGCGCCCUAAAGUCGUUGCAGCUAACAUUAAAAUUGAGCCUCUAUAUGAGGAAGAGGACAUAUCUGUGAAGGAUGAGCCUAUUGAUAUUGAUGAGCUAGCUCCACCUCCCGCAUCCGGUUGGCCGGACAAGAUGGAAGCUCAAAUUGAGGCUCGUGAAGCACAUGUAGCCCACCGUCCUGCCUCGCUCUCCUCUACCAUGCCUGGACAUGUGAACGUGGGUAGGAGGCAGUCCGCACCUGCAGGAGAUCCAGAAGACGCUGGUGGCAGCGGCGGCGCCUCUGAAGCGUCCAGCUCCCAGCAGCGCAGCGAGAGGCUCCCGUAUUCCCAGCGGGGUUUGGUUGAUGCCAAGGUUACCUGCCAAUUGCAGCAGCGCCAUCCAGAUGAGCAGGCAUCCUCACAUCUGUACUCAUGCUUUGACUGUGAAUAUUCCUGCGGUUCAGAGCUUCAACUUCUGAAACUCAUUUCUGCUAAACAUAAGCGAGAAAGUACACAUCGUUGUUCGGGACCACAAAGCGUUUGUUUCAUGGAACGAAAUCCUGCUAACAACAUUAUUUACAAACAUUUAUCUAAGAAACCACAUCGCUGCAAAGAAUGUGAAUAUUCUUGUGACACUAAGAGCCAUCUGAAGAGUCAUGUUCUUCAUAAGCAUUCAUCUAAAAAACCUCUUAGCUGUUCAGAGUGUGAAUAUUCUUGUGACACUAAGAGCCAUCUGAAGAGUCAUGUUCUUCAUAAGCAUUCAUCUAAAAAACCUCUUGGCUGUUCAGAGUGUGAAUAUUCUUGUGUGACUAAGAGCCAACUGAAGAGGCAUGUUCUUCAUAAGCAUUCAUGUAAAAAACCUCUUGGCUGUUCAGAGUGUCAAUAUUCUUGUGUGACUAAGAGCCAUCUGAAGAGUCAUGUUCUUUAUAAGCAUUCAUCUAAAAAACCUCUUAGCUGCACAGAGUGUGAAUAUUCUUGUGUGACUAAGAGCCAUCUGAAGAGUCAUGUUCUUUAUAAGCAUUCAUCUAAAAAACCUCUUAGCUGUAUGUGA